CUAUCUCCAGUAAUUGUGCAUACGAGUUUGAAGGUUCAUUAGAAAUUCUACAACACAAAAAGUGAAUGGCUUACUCGAUAGGAGACGUUCAUAAAUGUACAAUUAGAAAUGAUUGAUUCUGACGGAAAUUAGGCAUGUUAAUGAAUACUAAAGCAUAUUAAUCUAAUCUGUGGUUGAAUCUUGAGUCUGUGUGGGAAAAUAUUUCUUGCAGAAUAAAGGAGCCAUCACAUGAUUAAUUAGCCUGAGAGGCAUUAGACAUAUUUAUAGGUAGAAUAGCCUGUCGAGAGUUUAUCCAUCUUCUCCGUCUCUUCAGUCAUUCCACUUUUAUAAUUACUACAUAAACGCACAGAUUUAUGACUAAUCUAUAGCGGUCAAGAAAAUCAUUGAACUACCUUUUCCGUUAUGAAGGUUUCAUUUUCCUCAGUGCGCGAGAGAACCUGCGCGAGACGCACCGGCUUGCUCACUUCAAAAUGUUUAAAAACUUUACCAUGUGUAAAUACUUAUUUGCAAUGAUGGCCCUGAUCUUGGUUCUCACAUACCAUGUCAGUGGAAAUUCAGAGGAUCCCCUUUUCAAAUGUUUACAAGACCCUGAUUAUGAUGAGCUUCUGAGGAUAACGAAACAAGGUCUCCCUCCAACGAAAACUCCUCAGCAUAUCAUAAUUGUUGGUGGAGGUGCUGCUGGACUUACUGCUGCUAAGUUUCUGGAAGAUGCAGGGCACAAGGUGACAAUUAUUGAGGCCAGUAAACGUAUAGGUGGAAGAAUUCUAACAUAUAGGGAUGAAAAAGAGAGCUGGUAUGCGGAACUCGGUGCCAUGAGGAUUCCAAAUUUUCACAAGAUUUUAUUGACAUUAGCAAAUAAGUUGGGCCUGAAGCUCGGGACAUUUGUACAGGAAGACAAUAACACUUACUAUUUUAUAAAUGGCAUGCGUCACAAAACCUACACCGUCAGGCAGAACCCAGAUGUUCUGAACUACACUUUGAAUGAAUGGGAGAAGGGGAAAAAUGCCAGUCAGCUACUUAACAUGGCACUGGGCACGUUAAAAGAUGAUCUGCAGAAAAUGGGCUGUAAGAAAAUGCUGCAGAAAUAUGAUCCAUACUCUGUUAAGGAGUAUUUAGUGAAUGUGGGAAAUUUAAGCAGAGGAGCUUUACAAAUGAUUGGAGAUGUCCUAAACGAGAACAGCUUCUACUACACGGCCCUCACUGAAAUGCUUUACAUUCAGUCUGAUAUAACCGACAACGAAAUGUAUUAUGAAUUUAAAGGUGGCUUUGAUUCAUUCUCAGAUGCAUUCUACACUGUGCUAAAUGCCACAAUCCUUCUGAAGUCAAAAGUCCAGGCCAUCAGUCAAACGGAUAACAAUGUGACAGUUUCAUACCAAGACUGGCAUAACCCCUCCACUCUCACCAACAUUUCUGCUGAUUAUGUCUUAGUGACAGCCACGGCCAAAGCAACGCUCUUAAUUGAUUUUAAUCCACCUUUAUCAUCUUUAAAGAUGGAAGCGCUGCGAUCACUGCACUAUUCUAGCUCAACAAAAGUGGUGCUAAGUUUCAGCAAAAAGUUCUGGGAGAAUGAUGAUGGCAUUAAGGGUGGGAAAAGUAUCACAGAUCUGCCGUCACGGUUCAUUCACUACCCCAGCCAUGGCUUCCCCGGGAUAUCAGGGGGGGCUGUGUUAGCAUCUUACACCUCCUCAGAUGAAGCUGCACUCCUCCAGACCAUACCGGACGAUGAAUUGAAGGCUCUGGUAUUGAAUGACCUGGUAAAGAUCCAUGGAGAACACAUCCGCCAUCUCUGUACGGGGGGCGUUGUGAAAAAGUGGGGACUGGAUCCUUAUAGCCAUGGUGCCUUUGCCAUCUCCACUCCAUUUCAGAUGAUAGACUAUGACAGUAGUCUAGCUCAGCAUGAGGGGAGGAUUCACUUCGCUGGAGAGCAUACGGCCAGACCCCAUGCUUGGAUUGAGACUGCCAUGAAAUCUGCUCUAAGAGCUGCAAAGAAUAUAAAUAACAAUGUAAAGUAGGAAGGAAAUAAAAGAAUACAAAUGAAACAUGAUGGUAUGUCCUUCAAUAAUGCUUAUAUAAUUAGAAUACAGUCAAGAAUAAUCAAGUAUUUAUUUCCUUGCAAUAUCAACAUCUAAUGAGUAAUCAUAUAGACAGACAUACUUAAUGAUGUAAACUAUUUAAUUAUUUUUCGUGAAAUUAAUUUUAGUUACCAGGUUUUAACACUUAAAUCUAAGAAACAUUAUAUUAUAGUGACCUUCUAAGCUUAUAUAGAGAGAAUCAUGACACUUAAUACACCAAUGUAACCUUAACCAUGAUCCAGAUUUCUUUUUCUAACUGUCAACAUAUAUCAUGCAAAAAUGCUGCCAAACUAAAAAAAAAAAGGAAUGCUAUUACCUUUUAAUACAUACUGUAAACAGUAUUGUUAAAUAAUUUUUGUAUUUAUUAAUCUCAUGGUGUAGUGUUUAUGUGAUUUUUGUUGUACAUUUACAAGUUGAGUGAAUACAUAAAUAAAUGUUACAAAUGUUUUUCAGAGAUGAAUAAAACGCUGUUUUUGUUUUA